AUGUUUAUCAUUCCAGGGUUGAUUAAACAGAAACAGUACGAUUGGAAGGACACGAACCUCGCCCUGUUUGGCUCAGAUACCGAGAGACAGGUGAAAAAGGAGUCUGCCCAAACCGAGCCCGCGUGGAACAAGGCUGGGGAGAAAGUUGGCGUACAAAUCUGGAGGAUCGUGAAAUUCAAGGUUACCCACUGGCCAAAAGAGGAAUAUGGAAAGUUCUACGAUGGUGAUUCCUAUAUAAUACUCAAUACAUUCAAAGAAGACGGCGGAGAAGAAUUGCUUUUUGAUGUUCAUUUCUGGAUUGGCAAAUACAGUACCGCGGACGAGUAUGGGACGGCAGCGUACAAGACUGUGGAGUUAGACACACUGCUGGACGAUAAACCAAUCCAACACCGAGAAGUUCAAGGACACGAGUCGGACUUGUUCAAAUCGUAUUUCAACAGUAUCACAUACCUCCGUGGUGGAGCAGAUUCCGGAUUCCGAAACGUCAAACCGGAAGAGUACAAGCCCAGAUUGCUCCAUUUCUGUGGAGACAGGCAUAAGGUUGUAGUCACCCAGAUCCCCCGAGGUAAGAAACUCGAUUCUGGAGAUGUUUACAUCCUUGACCUAGGAAAGAUGAUUUAUCAAUGGAACGGCAAAGGAGCAAACAAAGACGAGAAGUUGAAGGCUGCUCAAUACUUAGUAGAACUUAAAGGAGUGCGCUGCGGAAAGGCUAAGUCGGAAGUCCUGGAAGAAGAGGAUGUUAAAGAGGGCGACGAGUUCUCAAGCAAAUUGGGUAUUGAUAAAGAAGAGGAAGAGGAGGACUUCUCACAAUCAACCAUUCAACAAUCUCAGAGGGAAGAGAAAAAACUGUUCAGAGUGUCAGACGCCUCUGGGAAGAUGAACAUGAAGCUGGAGAAAUCUGGUCGUGUCGACAGGGGCGAUUUUGAUACCAAUGACGUUUUCAUAUACGAUACCUCCGAUAACCUGUUUGUUUGGAUUGGCAAACAAAGUACUAACGACGAAAAGAAGAACGCCAUGACGUACGCACAUCAUUACCUGAUGAAGAGCAAUCACCCACUCAUCCCGGUCACCUGUUUAUCGGAGGGAAAGAAUAACCGUGCUUUCGACACUGCCCUGGCCGCGUAACUGUUGACUGACACCGGAGUUCUGUCUUGUCAUCAUAAUGGAAUUCUCUCCAGUCUGGAAAUCUGUGUAAAACAGACUUAAACCGAUGCCUUCUUUCGUGAACUAAGAUUAAACGUCAGAUUGCUUUAUUGAAAAUAACUCUAUAAUAAUACAAAACAAUGAUAAUACAAUAUUCGCUAUUAUCUAGACAAUGCUACUAUUAACAUUAGCAAGACAUUUUAAUAUAACUAAGUGUACAUGUAUAGCUAAUAGUAAUCUUAUGUUAGAGUUCUCUUCCUUCUAUUGUAGCAGUUUAAAUAUUGACCACUAGAAGGCACUGUGACUAGAAAGGAUCUCGACCAGGAUGUCAGCACGAGUGUACCGAUUAGUGCAUUUAGUGAAUAAUCUAUUUCUUGAAAGAUUAAGAAUUCUUGUUCGAUUACGUGUUAAACAUACAAGCACUGAAAGGAGUCGUUGUUAAUUGGAUGACAUUGUCAUCGUAAAUUAGAAUUAUUUUGUCAGAGACAAGUGUCAGCUUUCAUGUCCUUACUCCUAUCACGGAUCUGUGAUUUAAAUUACAUGUAACAGACACCCAAAAUGUCUCUCUUUGAAACAAACAUGUUCGACUUAAAAAGUCAGUACACAGGGUAUAGGUCAGGUAAUCAGACCUACAUGUACUUAGAGUUUAGAGGAAGCAUUGGCACCUGCCUUAUAGUACAUAGGGGUUUGUAUAUUUACAUUACACAGGGGUUUGUAUACGCGUGUUCACUAUCAACUAUAUAUUGGAGUGUUCUUUCAAUCAAAAAUGUGCUUAGAAUAUUAACAGUACUGAAUUUACUAUUUGUGUAUGUUUAUAUGUCAACUUAUUUACAUAGCAAUACAAUCGUUUUCCAUAUU